UUCUCCCUCCUGCCGCUUCCCCAUUUUAAUUCCUUCCGCAGACCCCAAACCCUGAUUCCUUCCACAAACCCCCAGCCAUGGACGACAACAACAACGGCCAAUAACCCGGCCUCUUCGUCGCCGCCCCCCAACUCACCCCUGACGACGCCCGCUCCCUCCUCUCCUCCUUCACCCACGACCGGCUCCUCUCUAUCGUCCAAUCCGCCACCCGACGUCCGAACGACCAUCCGAGAAACCCACGACCAGCUUCUCUCUCUCUCUCUCCUGCGAUCCGUGUUCACGAUUCCAUGGCCACUCUCUCUCUCUGCGAUGUUUCUUCGAUAGAAUUCCAAGCAGAAUAACUAUGCAUUUGGUCCAUUGCUUUGCUAGAUGGGAGGAAGAAGGGACGGUGAUUCUUCCCCAAUCGAUAGGUCCGUAGGCGAGGAAGAUGAGAACGAUGAAGAAGAUGGAUGAUCGACCUGGGUUUUGAAAGUUGGGAUGUUGUCAUCGUUCUCAUUGCAGGUUGUGUUGGAACAGUUGACUUCUUCUCCUUGGAGCAAUAUGCUUUUAAUGAUAUACUACAGCUUGGUAGUUGAAGCUAGGUGAGUAGUUGGAGUGACUGCUUGGGACAGGAAAUUCUUAUGAUCGAUUCUUUUGUUAUUUUCAACGUCUUUAAUUUGGUUACAGGUUAUUACAUAGUUUGAUAUUCGGGACACGGAUUAUCUAGGAUGCAAGUUAUGUAUAGCUUUUGUAUGUUUACUCCUAAAAUCGCUGCUUAGAUCUGCGAUUACAAAAAAAAUAUUUUGCUCAUGUAUGUAUUUGUGAUAUAUUAAAGCAACAUGAUGUGUGUAUCUGUGUUAGCCCAUUCCGCAUGGUUCUCUAUGAAAGUGAUGUUAGGACUUAAAAGUUUUUUGUAAUCUGUUCAUAUUAACUAGAUUUGUUAAUGUCUCUAUUAAAAUGUUCUCCCUCUUAUUAAAAACCAAAAAGAAUGCGUGUGGAGGUGCCUUAUGGCCUGUAUAUAGAACAGAAAAUUUAAAUUGCAAGGCAAAAAACUGAAAAACGAAUGUAAAAACUUAAAAAUGUACAAUCCAAAAAAAAGAGUACGAACAAGAUUCAAGUGUUUUGAUUAAGAUGAUAAGAUGCAAGUAUGCAACCUUGGCUUACUACAAUAUUUGCACCAUAAUGGAACUUACAAAGGACUGGCAUCUUGAUGUUGACUAUUUACUAUCAGGAAGUCUAUUUCAUACCAUGAAUAAUAAGAACCAGUUUUCGCUUGCCAAUUUUGGCUUGAUUUUGCCAAUUAAGUCCCUCGAUUGGCGUUUGUGGAUAUGAAUUUGUGUGUUUCAAUUUUGGCUGGAUUUGUAUGUGUUUAUCUUCGGUUGGAUUUCAAUUUCUCUCUUUGUAUUUGAGGUUUAUGGGUUCUGAGUGAGAGGAGAGAAAGAGAGGGAGAUGGGUAGAAUCUGGUACAUAUGGUGUUUUGGAAACCUAGGCUAUUGGGUACCCUUAUGUUGAACAGCUAGCUAAAGUAGAUAAAUACCACUCUUUUUAGGCAGUUUUCCUAGGAUUUUGCCUAGGCUAUCAGAGAUGCUCUAAAGCCUUUUCUCCUUGGCAGCGAGUGCUAACUGUGGACAUCUCCCACACUGUUUAUGCAUGUGCAGUCAGCUGAUGCUGAUCAUUAGACUCAUUCCUCUCUCUACUUGCCAAGCAUCUACGGAACUCUGGUGACGGCGAAACUCAACUCGAGAAUCCCAAAACAGUUGUAUAGUUGCUGUACAGAUUAUUGGUGUUUUUUUUUAUCAACUACACUACUACAGUAUCGGAAGAGGAAAAAAGAAAAAGAGGAAAACCCCACUCUGUUGAGCCAGGAAAAAAAAUGAUUUUUCUUUUGAUUUGUUUGCCAUGUUAUUUUCUUUCCCGGUUUAAGAAUGUGAAGCAGCGGAUACCCUAAUAAAAUGAUUUGGUUUGAUUUUCCCCUUAAGCUUCUUUGUUGAAUGGUGCAGAAUGUAGAUGCUCUCACUCUCAUCUUUAGCUCCCAAACCAAGGUGAGUUUCUUCUGUUUGAUAAGGCAAUAAAGCAGGGAGCGUUGGACUUAUCGGGCAAAUGGGAGGAUGAAUUUAGAGGGAAUGUUGUACCUAUUGAGAAAUUAUAUCAAUGCAGUUUUUUUUUUCCUGUCAAAACUUUUGCGAUGCGAAUAAAAGAAAAUUUUAUGUAUGUUAGUCCACAUAUAUCAAUUAAAAUGCCAUUUAGCAAGGGAAAAUUCACUAUUGUCAUUGGCCUGAAGCAAAAAAGACAUAUAUCGGAAACACACCCUUAUAGUAUAAAUGAUGUCUUAGAGAGAGAUAGAGUUCGUCGUCUUAAGAUAUGUCUUAAAAAUGUGGAUGAUUUGUGUGGCCAAUGAGUUUGUUUUGCAUGCAAGAAGUGUUGCAUUUCAUGCCAACAUACAGAGUUGUAGACUCUCGAGUAAUUGUAUUUUCUUGUUGCUAUAGUUCUUACGAUACAUGUCAAUGAUUUCCUGCGAAUUGGAAAGGAAAAGAAUACAGAAUUGUAGGUUGUUGCAUGUGAUUUUAUACUUUCUUCCAAGCUUCACCAGUUAUUAAUUUCCCUCAUUUUUAGUUAUGCUACUCUUCUUUGAUUUGAGCAUUUGGAAGUAGGGAUAUAUUUUCAUUAACUAGCGAGAUGUCUUUGAUAUGCUUUUCUAGAAUUGUUCAAUCCUUGUCUGAUUUAACCUUACCUCAACAGUCAAACAGCUUCGAUUUGACAUUCACAGUAAUUCAUAUCAUCUUCCAGUAGAAGGAAUGGAUAGCUAAACUUAGCUUACAACUUUUUCGAACAGAUCCCUCUUUCUCAUAUUUCUGAAGUUGUUUAUAGGACAUCAGCCGAUUGGCUUGGCCAUUGAUCUUUUGAAGCACUUGGUUCCUUUGUAUUGUGGUCAAUGGACAGCAUACUUACUGACCUGGCUAUCCAUCAAGGAGCAGCUAAGGGGUCAAAAAAGGUUUCUCAACAAGCAUCUGCAAAAUCUCAUGUUGCCAUAUUUGUGGUUUUAGCAAUGACAUUGCGACGAAAACCUUAGUUGUUGAUCAGUCUAAUGCCCAUAAUAAAGGAGAAUCCGAAAUACCAAGGCCAAGAUAAGCUUCCAAUCACAAUCUAGGUGAUUGCUUAGGUGAGACUAGAAAACACAAUUCGUUGAAUGGACGUUUCUUUGUUGUUUUGUUUGAGUAGUUCUCAAUCAAGAUUCAACUAAUUUCUCUUGGGCUUCUCAAUGUGAUUUGGUUCUGGGGCUUUACAUGUGAGUCUGUUACCUCUCGUCGAUGCUGAGCAGUAAAUCAAGUUGCAAUUCGCAGUCAAGAGUUGAUUUUACAGUUAGUGGAGAGGUUCGAAACUAUUGUAAUUAUUUCGAUGGCUACCCACUUCUCCUUGUUUUUUUUUCAUUCUUAUUUCUUGUUCUUGUUUUGGUGUGUCGGGAAUCCCAAAACAGUUGUACAGUUGCUGUACAGAUUAUUGGUGUUUUUUUUUUUUUAUCAACUACAGUUGGUGUUUUUUUUUUUACGAACAAAUCCAGUUUGCCAUAUCUUUGAACCAGCUCUACCUUCAACGCUGAACUGUCAUAGGAGACAAACUAAUUACAAGAGUAUUGAAUUUGAUUUUGCUCUGAUUUCGAAUCGAUACGCACAGAAUAAUCAACAACAUGCCAUCCUUCCUUUGUCUGGUUUUCAGGUAAGGCUUUUGCUCUUCUUGAAAGCAACACACGACUGGUACACAAUUUCAUCUCCCUGACCAUGCACUGCAACUGCAACAAUCACUCACUCAUUCUCUGCAACGGGCAAGAAACACCCUCUUCAACGGGCAUGAUUCUCGUGCCUCGCACGAGGCCAGACCUAUAUUUAAAAAUAUUCAAUGUGUGACAUCGGACAGUUAUGUGUUCGUGCAUUGCUAAUUUGCCAUUUAGUAAGUUAUGUCUACUUAACGUAAAAAAAUACUAGCACAUCACCAUAGGCAAAUGAUUAUUGUCACGAUAAGUAAUAUUCUUUUUGAUAACUCAGGUGGCCAGGUCAAUUUACGCGCACCUUGACUAAAUUUGAGGGAUCAGUCCCACCGCGGCACCACCUACUUACGUGGCAUACACAAUAAGCAAUAUUUGCUCUUAACAUAGAUCAAUACAUUUGUUGAGAUAUACUACCAUCAAAUAACAAUAGUAAAAGAUCUGAGGAGGCUAGGCUGCCUAGGCACCCCAAUUUCAAUUAUUCUUAUAGGUGAUCAAUCCGUCAGGUGAAAGAGAAACUGUUAACUUGGAUCAUACUCUAUGCAUUCAUAUAUAUGCUGCGUAUGCUUUACUUCAUUCUCCUUCUCCUUCCUAUUGCCACAAGACUCACCUUUUACUGACAUCAAAACCGACACAUUGAAACAGGGUUUGAUUUGAUCUAUAUAUAUCAUAAAAAAUGCUACGCCCACCGCUCAACUUUCACUGUUCUUCCCACCGCUCUCAAUUUUACCGUCAAAAAAUGUAUGGUCCAGAUUUUAACAAACUCUUUUAGGGAAGAGUUAAAAAAUCUGGACUAUUAUUUGCCAAGACGGACGAUAUAAAUGUUGAACGGUGAAUAUUAAGCGAUAGAGGUAGUCUUGCUUAUAUAUCAUCUGCUAUGAACCCUAUGCUUUUGUUUCAUAGUAUUCCCUUGCCUUUUCACGUUUCCAACCGUUAUCCAACCGUUAUAUAAAAAGAGGCAGUUUUUCAGAUCUCCUAAAUUCAAUUUGGACGAAUUUACCCUUUAAUUUGGCCCGUUUAACGGAUUGCCCAGCGUAUGGGGGUAGUUGGGUCAUUUCGUUGCCGCCUGUGCCUGUGUACAGAUGUCGCUGUUCGGCCGUCCCCCGGGAUUCGUGAUGAAUUCGGUGCGUCCAUUUGGGCUGCUUCUUUUACAGCGUCUCUCUCUCGCCUCCCUCUCUGUUCUGUCUCUGUUUGCUGGCUCUCUGCUCCUCCUUCGAUCAACGACCGCUGCAUCGCAUCGCCACACGGAUUCUCUACUCCAUCAACGGCAUCACCAUCGGGUGUGUAUUAUUUGCAAACUGCUCAGGGAGAAAAGGUGAUUUGUGCUAUUCCCAUUCCUGGUGAGGGAAAUCACAUGACGCAUAGGCCCUUCGAUACUUUUCUUGAGGAAUACCAUGGUGUGUCGCCCUCAACCUGCACUUUGGAAUGGAAUUUUAAGUUCCAAUUAGCUGCAUGGCUGGAUGGCAUUGUGUACUAUUCCUUCUUGCAGUAUAGCGAAGAAGGUGUAGGCAGCUGCUGGCUUUUGGCGCAUGCCAGUCCUGUUAAUGUUGUGCAGUGAUUGCCACAAGGGCUUCGGCGAUACUUCCUGCCUGCUGGUUCAGCAACAUGGAUUUUGAUUGCACAUGGAUAUAGGAUCUGGCCGGUAAAGGUUGUGAAUCAGCAAUUUUCUGAUGGUUGGGAUGAAUUCCGUGAUAUUUUGGUCUUUCUUUUUUCCUGUCUUCCUUCGGGCUGGAGAUAAAAAAUUUGAAUAAAAACGAAAAAAUACGUUACCUAACUUUUCAAUCCAAACCGACCCGAGAAGUAGCAAUUGCGUGCCAUUAUAGUAUAUUACACUAAAGAACAAUUGCCAGCUUCGGUAAUUCAUCCAUCAAGGUUAAAAUUCAUACUUCUCAUGGCAAUAAUUUGGUCAAGAAUCUCUUUUUUUUUCCUUUUUUUUGAACCGAGUCAGAGAAUCUCUUGAGCCCUCAAUUGGACACACGAAUAUGACCGGAUUACGUUAAGGAAUAUGAAAAAUUCUGCAAACACACUUAAAACCACCACUUUGAGCUUGUUAGAGACCUUCCGACAAACAAGCAUGAAAGGAAAAAAGGAAAAAAUAGUCCUACUUGCAAUUUUAACCCAUAUAUUUUAAGUAAUAACAUAUUUACUCUCGCGCGUAUCUGAAACAUAUCCGAGCAUGUCCAACACAUAUCAGAUAUGUAUCCAAAGUGUAUCCGAAAGUAUUUGAAACGUAUCGGGAUACUCAAAAAUAAUUCUAAAAGCAGGAUACUUUAAAAAGCGUAUUAGAUACAUCUCUGGAAAAUAUCCGAGAGUAUCAGUAUUCAAUACGGAUACGAUACUUGAUAUGGAGGCCAAAUAGAGUAUCCAUGCUUCAUAAAAUUUAAUUUCCCAACAUUUGAGCUUGCUAAGUGAAAUUCAUUAUUAAUCCAGCUAAUCAUACCCAUGAAGAAUUUUACUAAGAAGUUUGGAUUUUAUAAAGAGACUUCAUUACAGCGCAUUACUAUGUUAAAAAAGAGUGGGGAAAAGCAUAAUUUUCAUAGAUCCACCUGCUUCGAUAUCAUUUGAGAAGGCUUUUUAAAAAAGAUUGGGUCUGGGUCUUCUAGGUGGGGCUGUGGUGGGGGUCUUGAGUCUUGGGCUUUAGGUGUUAUCCUCUUUUCUCCCUUUGCUUUGUUUGGGUUGAUUUUGGAGUUAGGGGUCUAGGUUAGCUCUCUUGUUUGGGUUGGCGUGUGUCUGGGUGGUGGGGUUGGUGUUCUUAUUUUUGGUCCUUUCUUUGUUGUUCCUGGGUUGAGUGUGAGGUGGUGUUUGUCCCCUAUUGUGUGUUACAGUCUUUUUCUUUUGUGGUUUUUCCUUUUUUGGAGUCUAUAGUGUCUUCUUGUCUGCUCUCAUCCUAACUCUCGGAGGGCUGUGCUGCAAUCUUUGUAACUUUUAAGUGUUGCUGCUCCAAUAUUGGUGUUGUGGUAUGCUCCCUUGAUGCUGUUUCUGCUGUGGUUGUUGAAUGACUUGUUCUUUGUUCUUGCAACUCCAACUCUUGGAGGGCUAACAGUCAUAUGGAUUCUUUGGGCUACACCUACUGCUGGUCCUUUUGUACCUAUUGAGCGGGUGUGGUAUUUUCCUAUUUUCAACUCCCAACUUUGGGGAGGUCUAAGAGGCGUACUGGAUGUCAGUCCUCUUCUCAAAUCCUAGAUGUUAUGGAGGGCUAAUGAGGUCAAUGAAAGUUGAAGUUUAUGGACAAGAAGUCACGAAGAUGUUGUGUGAAAAUCCAAUACUCUUUCAACUCCACAGCUUUGGAGGGCUAAAGAGUAUCAGUCAAGUGUGGGCCUUACCUGAAUUGAGGCAAAGCUGUUAUUUCCUGCAGGUGGUGAUUCAUGAAGAAUUUCAGAAUUUCGGUAUCUCAACUAUCCAAAUGCUUAUUAUAUUCACGUGUGUGCCAUUAUCUCUUUACAACUCCCAACCGUGCGGAGGGCUAAAAGAUAGUUGGAUUACUAUUGGCUUUUUGAGCAUGUUUUACUGUCCAACUGUUGAUGCUCCUAUUGAUAUUGGCCAUUGCUGUAUAACAAGUUGAACUAUUGCUGCAAUGUUGAUGUUUCUUGCUGGAAAUCAGUUUGUUGGGUUCCAUGAUUUAAUGGGAAUGCUUUCUCCUUUUUUUUGCUAAGCA